ACUGGGCGUGUGUUGUGCAAUUGCAGCGGGAGCAACGUUGGUGGCUGAAGUUGGAGAAAUGUUCGCUGAGUGGUUCUCGCAACAACUGGCGAAACCUACCCACAGCUUGUUGGGAUGGGUGGCGAAAAAGUUAUUUGAGAGGAAUAACAGAUUCCUGGAGGAGAGUGCCGUGAAACUGUGCGACAUACAGCCCGAUAAUGUGGUUCUGGAGCUGGGCUUCGGUCCGGGCCUGGGGUUGCAGGAAGCUGCCCGGCGUCUAACACAGCCCGGGGGGAAACUGUACGGGCUGGAUAUCUCGGAGUACAUGUAUAAUACCGCCAGGGAGCGGCUGCAGGCGGACAUCCAGUCGGGGAAGGUGACUCUGUAUCUGGGCAGCGUGGAGCAGAUCUCUUUGGCGGACAAUGCGGUGGACAAGGUUUAUCACUGCAACUGUUACUACUUCUGGCCUGACCUGCGAGCUGGGAGCAGAGAGAUCCACAGGGUGAUGAAACCAGGAGCUCUCAUGGUCACCACCUUGCACCUGGAGGCCCUGCAAAGGGUGGUUGCUUCUGGAGUGUUGAAGGAUACAAACUGGCAGCCUGAAUUGUACAUGGAGGCUCUCAGUGAGACGGGAUUUGUUGACGUGCGCAUGGAAGAGCAGCAAGACAAUGAAAGAUCCUUCAAAGCCAUCUUUGCCACAGCAAACAAGGCCUGAGAUUGCUAUUAUCAAAGCCAUUAUUAUCAUUAAUAGCUUAAUACUAAAUGGAGCAUUGAUCCUUUA